AUGAGGAUUAACCUAGACUGCAAUGCUUGUUGCCGAAAGAUGAGGAGAAUCAUUCUCAGAAUGAAAGAAAUUGAGACUCAUGCAAUAGAGAAGCAACAUCUAAGGGUAAUUGUGUGUGGGAGAUUCGUUCCGGCCGAUGUAGCAAUCAAGAUAAGGAAAAAGAUGAAGAGAAGAGUUGAGAUUUUGGAAAUCCAAGAAUUUACCAAUGCCGGCCCUAAUGAACAUGUCGUCGAACAAGGGUCACAUUUCCCAGUCCCGGAUCAUCAUCAUGAUCAUGGCAUGCCAAUGCCUCCUCCAUACUUUCAAUUCCCAGAACAUCAUCAUCGUUAUGCCAUACCUCAAUACGCUUAA